ACUCAAACACACAGCCCAGAGAGCCAGCAGCAUCUGCAAGACCCACAAUGGCCAGGCUCUGUCCUUUCCUCAUGAUCCUGAUAGUGAUGACCUACUGGUCAACCUGCUCUCUAGGAUGUGACCUGUCCCAGAUUUUUAACCUCAAGAACUUGACUCUCCUGGAACAAAAGAGAACACUCUCCCCUGUCUCCUGUCUGAAGGACAGAAAGUACUUUGGAUUCCCCUUGGAGAAGGUGGAUGCCCAGCAGAUCCAGAAGGCUCAAGUCAUCCCUGUCCUGCGAGAUCUUGCCCAGCAGAUCUUGAACCUCUUCACAUCAAAGGAGUCAUCUGCUGUUUGGAAUGCAACCCUCCUAGAUGCAUUCUGCAAUGACCUCUACCAGCAGCUCAAUGUCUUCAAAGCCUGUGUGCAGCAGUUGGGGAUGCAGGAACCUCCCCUGACCCAGGAAGACCCCAUGAUGACUGUGAAGAAAUACUUUGAAAGGAUCACUGUGUACCUGAGAAAGAAGAAACACAGCCCCUGUGCCUGGGAGGUGGUCAGAGCAGAAGUCUUGUUAGCCUCAUCCAAGUUGCUGGCAAGACUGAGUGAGGAGCAGGAGUGA